AUGUCGAACCAACCAGAGAAAUCAGUUGAAGAAUCUUCAUCAAAACUACAAUCUGGUUUAAAGAAACUAUCACAAUGGGAAGGAGAAAUGAAUCAACUUGAAAUAAACUUAGAUAUUCAUAGAAUUAAAACUACUCAACCAUUAUAUAGUAAAAGAAGAGAAAUAUUAAAGGAAAUUGAUAAAUUUUGGUAUAUUGUAUUAGCAGAAAAUGAUGAUUUUACUGAUUAUAUAAGUCCAGAUGAUUUAAAAUAUUUAGAAUAUAUUGAUGAUUUAUAUAUAAAUUAUCCAAUAGCUAAUGAUUCUAUAAAAUCAAGAGAUAUUUCCAAAACUGGAGGUAUAUCGAAUGUAAAAGAUUUUGAUUUAACUAUUGGAUUUAAUGAAAAUCCAUAUAUCGCUAAACAAAGUAUUACAAAGAAAUUUUAUUUUGUUAUAGGAGAUGAUGGAAAUCCACUGAUAAGAUCAGAAUCAGUUUCAAUUCAAUGGCCGAAGGAAUUAGAAAAAUUUAAUCCACAAUUAAUUAAAGAAGAAUCAAAGGGUAAAAAUAUGACAUCAGAACAGAAAAAGAAUUAUAGAAUUGGUAUGAAAUCAUUUUUUAGCUUUUUUUCAUGGACUGGUUUAAAACCAGGUAAAGAAUUUAGAAAUGGUGAAGAUAUGGCAUGGCUGAUAGCAUUUGAUUUGUUUGUAAAUGCUGUGAAAUUUUACGUUGUUGCAUUGUCUAACAGUAAUGAUCAAGAUGAUGAUGAUGAUGAAGAAGAUAGCUCUGAGGGAGAAGAAUUAGAUUUAAGUGAUUUAGAACCAACUGAAAACAAUGACAAACGAACACUUCAAGAAGUAGAAGAGACAAAAGAUAAUAAAAAGCAAAAAAAAUCAUAA